CUUAUUUAAAUCCUCAAUUUCAGCAUUCAGGGUUUCUUUCCUUGAUAUAUAUUUAAACUUGAGAUAUUUUAUCUUAACAGUAUUAAAAGUAUUAUUUUUCUUCUUUUUGAAGAAAAUUGUGCUGAUUUCUGAACAUAUUUCUGCUUUUUUUUCCAGCACAUUGUCGAUUAAAACUGCACUUCUGCAGGGCUAAUCAGACUAAAUUACGUUAUUUUAAGAUAAGUAUGCAAAUUCUGCACUUCUGCAUUAUGUAAUACCAGUUAUAUAUAUCUUAAGUCUUGAAGUGCAUUGGAUAACCUACAUUUGAAAGUGCAAAACGACUUUAUAGUCGUUGUUUUGCAGAGUUAUUGACUUUUGCAUCACAUUUUUUCCAGCCUAUAAGGGUCUAAAGGAAUUGCAGAGACUGACUAUGCACCUCAGAAGAAAAGGUUGUCCAGGUGUCUCAGACUGCAGAUUCACCCUCAAACACAGCCAUGAAGUCUGUGCUGGAUGGUGUGGCGGACACCACCUUUCGGACUAUUACAUCUGGUUUACAGUUCCUGGGCUCCAACGAUGCGAGCUACGACGGCCCAGUCAACGAUGUAAACUUCAAGGGGGGUUUCUCCAUGCAGAAACCUUUAUCCGCCUUUCGCAGCAACCCCUUCCCAGACAAAGUCCCUGUGGAUGAGGAGCUCAUACUGAAAAACAUCCCCUUCCCCACCAAUGCCACAGACUUGUUCAGCAACAGGACGACGUUCAGAGAUGAGACCAACAACAUACAAUGUGGGGAGAACUUUAUGGACAUGGAGUGUUUCAUGAUCCUGACGCCCAGCCAGCAGCUGGCAGUGGCGGUUUUGUCUCUGACUCUGGGUACCUUCACGGUGCUGGAGAAUCUGGUGGUGCUCUGCGUGAUUCUGCAGUCGCGAACUCUUCGCUGCAGGCCGUCCUACCAUUUCAUAGGCAGUCUAGCUGUUGCUGACUUGCUAGGGAGCGUAAUAUUUGUCUACAGCUUCCUGGACUUCCAUGUUUUUCACCGUAAGGACAGCCCCAAUAUUUUCCUCUUUAAGCUAGGCGGAGUCACAGCGUCAUUCACAGCUUCUGUAGGAAGUCUUUUCCUUACCGCUAUCGACCGCUACAUCUCCAUACACCGGCCUCUUGCCUACAGGCGUAUCGUGACACGUACCAAGGCUGUCAUUGCUUUUUGCAUGAUGUGGACCAUCUCCAUCGUGUUCGCAGUGCUACCUCUGCUGGGCUGGAACUGUAAACGCCUCAACUCUGUCUGCUCAGACAUCUUCCCCCUGAUAGAUGAGAACUACCUGUUGUUCUGGAUCGGCAUAACCAGCGUUCUCGUUCUUUUCAUCAUCUACGCCUACAUUUACAUCCUCUGGAAAGCACACCACCACGCCGUACGAAUGCUGAGCCGCACCUCCCAGAAGAGCCUUGUGGUUUACUCGGCAGACGGGACUAAAGUUCAGACCACGCGUCCAGACCAGGCUCGCAUGGACAUCCGUCUAGCCAAGACCCUGGUGCUCAUCCUGGUGGUGCUGGUCAUCUGCUGGGGCCCGGUGCUCGCCAUCAUGGUCUACGACCUCUUCUGGAAGAUGGAUAAUGACAUCAAGACGGUGUUUGCUUUCUGCAGCAUGCUCUGCCUGCUCAACUCCACCGUCAACCCCAUUAUCUACGCCUUGAGGAGCAAAGACCUGCGGCAUGCCUUCCUCAGCUCCUGCCACGCCUGCAGGGGAAGCGCGCAGCAGUUGGACAAUAGCCUGGAGUCAGACUGCCAGAACAGAAACGCUAACAUCUCUGCCAACAGGGCUGCAGAGAGCUGUGUGAAGACCACUGUGAAAAUAGCCAAAGUUACCAUGUCUGUGUCGACUGAAACUUCGGCAGAGGCCGUCUAAUUGGCCAUCAUGGGGAGGGAACUGUGUAAAUGUCAUCUUCCUUUAAAAGAAUGCCAUUCAACACAAUAAAGCAGAUACUCCAGAGCAAAAAGAAAAGUAAAAAAAGAAACCUCUCCUGAAAGUACAUCCUCACAUAGACGCUUUAGUGAUCGCAUUAUUUUAGGUCAGUGUGAAUACGCGGUGUGCCAAAGUGCCAAACGGUAUUGCAAGUUCAGAGAAGUGACUCUUAUUUUGAAGGGAUUAUCACAGACUAUCAUAAGUCUGCUGUUUACCAUAGACUUCAUGAUAUCCAGUUAGUGAAGGCAUAUUAUAUUUUUGUACUGUGAAUUCAGGUUUUGAAAACAAUAUAUCUUCAUUUAUGGGAUAAGGGGCUACUGACGUUUUUUAAUUCCAGAUGUUUUCAUGUGUCAUUUAGACUCUUACAUGUGUCUUGCACCAUAGUUGUAACAACUCAACUUUCUACAUGUACAUGUUGCACAUAGACAUUUCUAUGAGCAAAAAGUUCUAAUGACUCUGAUUGUUUAUUUCCGGCAUUGCCAUUAAACGUGGCGAUUUUUUUUCUCCUGACAACACUCAGUGAGUGGCAAAUGUGUGAAGAGAUCCUGAGAAAAUGAGAGGUGAUUCAUGCUCAAAAUAAAGAAAAAAAACAUUUAUCACCAUCACAAAUAAACUCGAUUCAGAUGGAGGUAAAUGAGCUUUUGAGUUAAUCCGAGCUGAAAUGGCAUUUUCUGUGACGUCCAUUUCUUUCCUCGCUGGCUGUUUUUGACCUUAAAAAGUAACGUGUCUUUGUUCAAAUGUAAACCUAACAACUGUACAGUGUUCUCUCACAAAAAUAAAAGUGUUCAAAUGUACACAAAAAUAACAAUAACAGCCUUGAAACUGGGGUUAAAGACAGUGUGCUGGCCACGCUGUAACAUCUGUUUCUGACUCAAGCUGCUUUCAUGAAAUGUACGGUUUUCCAGCCUUGUAUGUGUGUGAUAACCUUGUGACUUGGCCUUUUUGAAUCAUUGCAGUGAGUUGUUUUAGUGCUACUGUUGCAGCGGGGCGUCAUUUGGGAAAAUAAAAGCAACCCAUGCACAGGCCUAGUGAAGUAUAUCUGGCGUGACUUUAGAUAAAAAAAAAAUAUGUCUGCUGUUAAUUUUUCUUCUCUAAACAAAGAAAACAUGGGUCUUAUAUUAGCCGGUACCUUGAAUGGGAGUCUGUGUGUAUGCAUCGUGUGGAGAAUCGACAACUGAGCUUACAAAAGAAUCAAAGAUAAGAUGUGAUUUUUCUUACAAUACUUUGAAAAUCUAGAAAUCUCACAGCACAAUUGUUCCGUAGACAUUUAUCUUGGUGUAAAGUUAUCCAGACAAGCUGUUAUAUCAGUAUGCUUUGCUGCCUCUCGUAUUAUUGAGUAUUGAUGAUCAAUAUGUCAAGUGGCUUCUGUACAGUGGUGGCAUAAUGAAGACUUAAAAAUCACAAUCAGUCAAGUGUUUUUAG